UUCUCCACAUCACAAAACACACCCUCCUCCUUACUUACUUUACUUCACUCCCAUCCUGUUAAACCUUUCAAUGAAUUUCCCCAAUAAAAUCCUCCUCCUCCCCAUCAAUCUCCGAUCAACCUAACCAACAAAAAAACUACAAAAUCAACAAAUUAAAUUUCCAUAUUUUUAUGUAUAUAUAUAAUUUGUGUAAGUAAAUAAAUAAAUAAAAGUGGGCAAUUGUCUGCCUACCCUAGAAACUUCCCCCUUCUUUGCAAGGUUGGGGUUAGGGUUUUGGGGUACAGUUGCGGUUGAUAAUCCUAUUUCCGAACAGCAGCAACAACUAGAUAUGGCGGCUCCGCCCCAAUCAUAUCGCUUCGGCGGUCCGGCCACUGCCGCUGCAGCUGCGGGAAACAUUGAAGCUCUUAAUAGAGUUCUUUCCGAUCUUUGUACUCGAGGACCUCCCAAGGACGGUUCCGCUUUGGCGUUAAGAAGACAUGUUGAAGAAGAGGCACGUGAUCUUUCUGGUGAAGCCUUUUCUCGUUUCAUGGACCAGUUAUAUGAUCGUAUUACUAGUCUUUUAGAGAGCAAUGAUGUUGCUGAUAACUUAGGUGCUUUAAGGGCAACCGAUGAACUGAUAGACUUGAAACUUGGAGAGAGUGGCACGAAGGUUUCUAAGUUUUCUAAUUACAUGCGCAUUGUUUUUGAUACGAAGCGUGACCCAGAAAUCCUGAUUCUUGCUAGUAAAGUUCUUGGGCAUUUAGCCAGAGCUGGUGGGGCCAUGACGGCGGAGGAGGUGGAGUGUCAGAUGAAAAAUGCGUUGAAAUGGCUAGGUGGCGAGAGAGUUGAGUAUCGUCGCUUUGCUGCUGUCCUAAUAUUAAAGGAAAUGGCCGAGAAUGCUUCCACAGUGUUCAAUGUCCAUGUACCUGAAUUUGUGGAUGCUAUCUGGGUGGCAUUGAGGGAUCCAACGUUAGCUGUUCGAGAGCGAGCUGUUGAGGCAUUGCGUGCUUGUCUUCGUGUUAUUGAAAAACGAGAGACACGUUGGCGUGUACAGUGGUACUACCGUAUGUUUGAGGCGACACAAGAUGGAUUAGGGAAAAAUGCUUCUGUCCAUAGUAUACAUGGUUCUCUGCUUGCAGUUGGGGAACUCCUGAGAAAUACCGGUGAAUUUAUGAUGUCAAGGUACAGAGAGGUUGCAGAAAUUGUUCUUAGGUAUCUGGAGCAUCGAAAUCCCCUUGUUCGUCUCAGUAUAACCUCUUUGCUUCCUCGGAUUGCACAUUUUUUACGUGAUCGUUUUGUGUCGAACUAUCUUACGAUAUGCAUGGAUCAUAUCCUUGCGGUUCUCAAGAUACCAACUGAACGUGCCAGUGGAUUUAUAGCUCUUGGGGAGAUGGCUGGUGCCUUGGACGGCGAAUUAGUCCACUAUUUGCCGACAAUAACAUCUCACUUACGCGAUGCAAUUGCUCCUCGUAGAGGCAGACCCUCACUUGAGGCUUUGGCUUGUGUUGGGAACAUUGCAAAAGCCAUGGGUCCUGCCAUGGAAACUCAUGUUUGCAGUCUGUUAGACGCUAUGUUUACCGCUGGUCUAUCUUCAGUAUUAGUAGAAGCACUCGACCAGAUAACCAUCAGCAUUCCAUCAUUAAUGCCUACUAUCCAAGAACGGUUGCUUGAGUGUAUUUCAGUAGUUCUUUCAAAACCCCAUAACGCCCAUACAAAGACACCUGCAACUCCCAGUCGAGGGAACAUUGCCAACAACGUACAACAAGUUUCGGAACUCAGUGGUUCUGCUCUGGAGCAGCUUGCGUUACAAACACUUGCGCGUUUCAAUUUCAAGGGCCAUGAUCUUCUUGAGUUUGCUAGAGAAUCAGUCGUAGUUUAUUUGGAAAAUGAUGAUGGAGCCACACGGAAGGACGCUGCUCUUUGUUGCUGUAAAUUAGUUGUAAAUUCUUUCUCAGUUACACAAUUCAGUCCCAGUAGGUCCAGUCGAGCUGGGGGGAAACGGAGACGUUUUAUAGAAGAGAUUGUGGAGAAGCUUCUUAUUGCCGCUGUAGCAGAUGCAGAUGUUUCCGUGCGAAACUCAAUCUUCUCUUCCCUGCACGGGAAUGGAGGGUUUGAUGAUUUCUUAGCCCAAGCUGAUAGCUUGACUGCUAUAUUUGCUGCUCUAAAUGAUGAGGAUCUUCAAGUUCGAGAAUAUGCUAUAUCAGUGGCCGGUAGAUUAUCUGAAAAAAACCCAGCAUAUGUUUUUCCAGCGCUUCGGCGUCACCUUAUUCAGUUGUUAACUUAUCUUGGGCAAAGCGCUGAUAGCAAAUGCCGAGAAGAGAGUGCGAAGUUAUUGGGUUGUUUAAUCCGCAGUUGUGAACGGCUUAUACUGCCAUAUAUUGCUCCAAUACACAAGGCGCUUUUGGCUAAACUAUGUGAAGGAACAGCAGGAGUGAAUGCAAACAAUGGCAUCAUCAGUGGGGUUCUAGUGACUGUGGGGGAUCUUGCUAGAGUGGGUGGUUUUGCUAUGAGAGAAUAUAUACCCGAACUUAUGCCAAGAAUUGUGGAAGCUUUACUGGAUGGAGCUGCUGCUACUAAACGUGAGGUGGCUGUUGCAACUCUUGGUCAGGUUGUGCAGAGCACAGGUUAUGUGAUUACCCCAUAUAAUGAGUACCCACAGUUGCUUGGCUUACUAUUAAAGUUGUUGAAUGGCGAGCUGGCAUGGUCCACACGUCGGGAAGUUCUAAAGGUUCUUGGCAUAAUGGGUGCUUUGGAUCCUCAUGUACAUAAGCGCAAUCAGCGGAACUUGCCAGGUCCUCUUGGUGAUGGUACUCGUGCGACUAAUGAUGCAAGCCCACACAUUCAGUCAAGCGAUGAGUUGCCAAUGGAUCUCUGGCCAUCAUUUGCAACUUCAGAAGACUAUUUCUCGACUGUUGCUAUCAAUUCCCUAAUUCGGAUAUUAAGGGAUCCAUCUCUUUCUAGUUAUCAUCAAAAAGUUGUUGGGUCUCUCAUGUUUAUAUUUAAGUCAAUGGGCCUUGGCUGUGUGCCAUACCUGCCAAAGGUUUUACCCGACUUCUUCUACACUAUCCGAACAUGUGAAGAUAGUCUGAAGGAGUUUAUAACCUGGAAGCUUGGAACUCUUGUUUCGAUUGUGCGACAGCAUAUCCGCAAAUAUCUACCGGAGUUGCUCUCUUUAAUAUCAGAAUUAUGGUCAUCAUUCAGCCUGCCAGCAUCUAACCGUCCUAUUCAUGGCCCCCCGAUCCUGCACCUAGUUGAACAACUUUGCCUGGCUCUCAAUGACGAAUUUAGGAGAUAUCUUCCCACCAUUCUUCCAUGCUGUAUUCAAGUUCUGAGUGAUGCUGAACGGUGUAAUGAUUAUACUUACGUCCGUGAUAUUCUUCGCACCUUGGAAGUAUUUGGUGGAACAUUGGAUGAGCAUAUGCAUCUACUUCUUCCUGCGCUCAUACGAUUAUUUAAAGUUGAUGCUUCAGUUGACAUAAGGCGUGCUGCUAUAAAGACUCUGAUAAGAUUGAUUCCCCGUGUUCAGGUUACAGGUCACAUAUCAGCUCUUGUACAUCACUUGAAGCUUGUAUUGGAUGGAAAAAAUGAUGAGCUAAGGAAGGAUGCUGUUGAUGCGCUUUGUUGUUUGGCACAUGCUCUUGGGGAGGAUUUCGCUAUCUUCAUUCCCUCAAUUCACAAACUUAUUCUUAAGCAUCGGUUACGGCACAAGGAGUUUGAAGAAAUCGAGGGACGUUUUAAAAGGCGUGGGCCGCUUAACUUAGGCAGUGUGGCAGCACAAAAGUCAAUCCGGCAGCCUCCUGUUGAGGUUAUUAGUGACCCUUUGAGUGACAUGGAAAAUGAUCCUUAUGAAGAUGUGCACAAACAACUCAAAGUGCAUCAGGUUAACGAUGCUCGAUUACGUGCUGCUGGAGAAGCUUCUCAGCGUAGCACAAAAGAAGAUUGGGCAGAAUGGAUGAGGCAUUUCAGUAUUGAAUUACUGAAGGAAUCGCCUUCUCCAGCUCUACGAACAUGUGCUAGGCUUGCACAGUUACAGCCAUUUGUUGGACGAGAGCUGUUUGCAGCAGGAUUUGUUAGCUGCUGGUCGCAACUCCAUGAGUCUAGUCAAAAAGCCCUCGUACGUAGCUUGGAGAUGGCAUUUUCUUCUCCUAAUAUCCCUCCUGAAAUUCUCGCAACAUUACUAAACUUGGCAGAGUUCAUGGAACAUGAUGAGAAACCUCUUCCGAUUGACAUUCGGCUCCUUGGUGCUCUUGCUGAAAAGUGUCGAGCAUUUGCCAAGGCUCUGCAUUACAAAGAGAUGGAAUUUGAAGGUGCACUUUCGAAGAAGAUGGAUGCAAACCCUGUUGCUGUAGUUGAAGCACUCAUUCAUAUAAAUAAUCAGUUACAUCAGCAUGAGGCUGCUGUUGGGAUAUUAACCUAUGCUCAACAGCGUUUGGAUGUACAGCUGAAGGAAUCAUGGUAUGAAAAGUUACAGCGGUGGGAUGAUGCCCUUAAGGCAUACACUGCAAAAUCUACCCAGGCAUCAAGUCAACAUCUCAUUUUGGACGCAACACUAGGUCGGAUGAGGAGUCUUGCUGCACUAGCUCGGUGGGAAGAGCUUAACAACCUGUGUAGGGAGUAUUGGACACCUGCUGAGCCUGCUGCUCGAUUAGAAAUGGCACCAAUGGCUGCUAACGCUGCUUGGAACAUGGGCGAGUGGGACCAGAUGGCAGAAUAUGUGUCUAAACUGGAUGAUGGUGAUGAAACUAAACUCAGAGUGCUGGGUAACACAGCCGCCACAGGUGACGGGGGCAGCAAUGGCACAUUCUUCAGGGCUGUCCUAUCAGUUCGUAGGGGAAAGUAUGAUGAAGCGCGUGAAUAUGUUGAAAGAGCAAGGAAAUGUUUGGCAACUGAGCUUGCUGCAUUGGUUCUUGAGAGCUAUGAACGAGCAUACAGUAAUAUGGUUCGUGUUCAGCAGUUGUCAGAGUUAGAGGAGGUCAUUGAUUAUUGUACUCUUCCAAUUAACAACUCUGUCGCUGAGGGACGAAGAGCACUGAUUCGUAACAUGUGGAAUGAACGUAUUAAAGGAACAAAACGAAAUGUUGAGGUUUGGCAAGCGCUUUUGGUGGUCAGGUCGCUUGUAUUACCUCCUACAGAGGAUAGUGAAACCUGGAUGAAGUUUGCUUCACUUUGUCGAAAAAGUGGCAGGAUUAGUCAAGCAAAAUCCACUUUAAUCAAACUCUUGCAGUUUGACCCAGAAACACGUCCUGAAACUUCAAGAUAUCAUGGGCCUCCACAAGUAAUGUAUGCAUACUUAAAGUACCAAUGGUCACUUGGUGAGGACCAGAAGCGCAAGGAAGCUUUUGCUAGGCUGCAGGUUCUAGGCUUGGAGCUUUCAAGUACAUCUAGUCUUCAAGCAUCUGCGCCGACCAGCUUGGUUGGUGUUCCAAAUGUGCCACUUAUGGCACGUGUUUAUUUGAAACUUGGAUCAUGGCAAUGGGCUCUUUCCCCUGGCCUUGAUGAUGAAUCUGUAAAAGAAAUUCUUGGCUCGUUCAGGCAUGCAACGCAAUGUGCCACAAAGUGGGCAAAAGCUUGGCAUACUUGGGCUCUCUUCAACACAGCAGUGAUGUCGCAUUACACACUCAGAGGUCAUCCUACCUAUGCUGGACAAUUUGUAGUAGCCGCAGUCAAUGGAUAUUUUCAUUCAAUUGCUUGUGCAGCACAUGCUAAGGGCGUAGAUGAUAGCUUGCAGGACAUCCUUCGUCUUCUCACCUUAUGGUUCAACCAUGGAUCUACUGCCGAGGUUCAAACAGCAUUACAGAAAGGAUUUUCACAUGUUAAUAUCAACACGUGGUUGGUUGUUUUACCUCAAAUUAUUGCCAGGAUUCAUUCAAAUAAUCAUGCCGUGAGAGAAUUGAUACAAUCUCUUCUGGUUCGCAUUGGACAAAGCCAUCCACAGGCUCUUAUGUACCCUCUUCUUGUGGCUUGUAAAUCAAUAAGCAAUUUACGUAAAGCUGCUGCUCAGGAAGUGGUUGAUAAAGUCCGGCAGCACAGUGGUCUGUUGGUAGAUCAGGCACAACUUGUAUCAGAGGAGUUAAUCAGAGUUGCCAUUCUUUGGCAUGAAAUGUGGCAUGAGGCACUAGAAGAAGCUAGUCGCUUGUAUUUUGGUGAACAUAACAUUGAGGGAAUGCUGAAGGUUUUAGAGCCAUUACAUGAAAUGCUUGAAGAAGGUGCAAUGAGGAGCAACACAACCAUAAAAGAAAAGGCAUUUAUCCAGACAUAUCAUCAUGAAUUAUUGGAGGCAUAUGAAUGCUGUAUGGAAUAUAAGAAAUCCGGAAAAGACGCUGAGCUUACUCGGGCCUGGGAUCUCUAUUAUCAUGUCUUUAGGCGGAUAGAUAAGCAGCUUCAGUCUCUUACAACGCUGGAUCUACAGUCAGUAUCUCCAGAAUUAGUAGAUUGUCGUGACUUGGAGCUUGCUGUUCCGGGGACUUAUCUUGCCGAUUCACCAGUGGUGACAAUUGCAUCAUUUGCUCCACAACUUGUUGUCAUUACAUCCAAACAGCGACCUCGAAAGCUGACUAUUCAUGGCAGUGAUGGAGAAGAUUAUGCCUUUUUGCUGAAAGGACAUGAAGAUUUACGCCAGGACGAACGCGUCAUGCAGCUUUUCGGUUUAGUAAAUACCUUACUGGAGAAUUCUAGAAAAACUGAAGACAAAGAUCUUUCUAUUCAACGAUAUGAGGUCAUACCCUUAUCUCCAAAUAGUGGGUUAAUUGAAUGGGUCCCAAAUUGCGACACUCUUCACCAACUUAUCCGAGAAUACAGGGAUGCCCGAAAGAUCACCUUGAAUCAAGAGCAUAAAUAUAUGCUAAGCUUUGCUCCAGACUAUGAUCAUCUGCCACUUGUUGCUAAAGUGGAAGUAUUUGAGUAUGCUCUCGAUAAUACUGAAGGAAAUGACUUGGCUAGGGUUCUUUGGCUAAAAAGCCGAACUUCAGAAGUAUGGCUGGACAGGAGAACUAAUUAUACGAGAAGUUUGGCUGUCAUGAGUAUGGUUGGUUACCUUCUUGGUUUAGGUGAUAGGCACCCUAGCAAUCUUAUGCUGCAUCGCUUCAGUGGGAAGAUCUUACAUAUUGAUUUUGGAGAUUGCUUUGAAGCGUCAAUGAAUCGUGAGAAAUUCCCUGAAAAGGUUCCGUUUCGUUUGACUAGAAUGCUUGUAAAAGCGAUGGAAGUUAGUGGCCUGGAAGGAAAUUUUCGUUCAACUUGUGAAAAUGUGAUGCAAGUGCUUCGAACUAAUAAAGAUAGUGUAAUGGCAAUGAUGGAGGCAUUUGUCCAUGAUCCACUUAUAAACUGGCGUCUUUUCAACUUCAAUGAAGUUACACAAAUGUCGGCUUUAGCCAGCACAAAUGUCCAGCCUGCUGUAAACAGUGAAGAAACUGUUCAAAGUCAUCUGCUACCACCCCAACGGGGUGCUCGUGAAAGGGAGCUUCUGCAGGUGGCUGUUCAUCAACUGGGUGAUGCUAACGAGGUUCUGAAUGAACGUGCGGUGGUGGUCAUGGCUAGGAUGAGUAAUAAACUUACUGGGCGUGAUUUUUCAACUUGUUCUUCAACAUUACCAACCACCCUCCCACCAGACAAUGGUAAUCUAAUUUCUGGAGAUACUCGUGAAGUGGAUCAUGGUUUAUCUGUUAAACUACAAGUUCAAAAGCUGAUUCUGCAGGCCACCUCACAUGAAAAUUUGUGCCAGAAUUAUGUCGGGUGGUGUCCAUUCUGGUAAAAGUUGAUUAUCAAACGAUGUACAUAUACAUCUGUACAUAUAUUUAGGUUUUUAUGUACAAAAGCAUGGAAGGGAUGUUGCCAUAUAUGUCAAUAUGUGUAUAAAUUAAAUCUUAACCAAGCCCCUUAGGACCAACAUUGGUCAAGAACCCCUUUUAGACUGGUAGAUACAAACCUUUUUAAGCUUUUAGUUAUUGUGCUAAACAAGCAGGCCUUAUUCGGCAAUGGUAAUAAAGAUUUGUAACAAAACUAGCAACUAAAAUUCUUAAAGUUCCAACUCUAAAGAAGUUAAAAGAAAAAGCCCAUUUCAGCUUGAAUGGUCUGUUUUCAGUGAA